CGUUCCUAUUUCUUCUUCGUCGUCUCCGUCCUCCUCUUUUCCUUCCGAUCCAAACACAACUGGGUGUAAAAGGUGACCAGGCCAUUAUUCAAGUGCCAAUACCAAUGAACACCAUCAUCAUCUCUAUUAGUUUUUCCCUCUUCGGCAUCAUAUUUGUUGCGUUUCUAAUUGUUGGGUUUUGCUUCCUUGGCAGAAGGAAGUUGAGGAAAUCAAAAACCGAGGAAAGAAGAGAAAAAAAUGGAGAUCUUUUCUCUAUAUGGAACUAUGACGGAUAUAUUGCAUAUGAAGACAUCAUUAAAGCCACAGAGAAUUUUGACAUCAAAUAUUGUAUUGCAAAAGGAGGUUAUGGGAGUAUCUACAAGGCACAGCUUCCUGCCGGACAAGUAGUAGCCUUAAAGAAACUUCACCUCUGGGAAGGAAUGGUUUCGGCUUACGUAGAAACUUUGAAGCAUGAGUUCCAGGUAUUAGCAAAAGUACGGCACCGAAACAUCGUGAAACUCUUCGGUUUUUGUUUCCAUCGAAGAUGCAUGUUCUUUGUUUAUGAGUACAUGGAAAGAGGAAGCUUAUAUCAGAUAUUGAGAAAUCAAGAGAAAGCUGCAGAAUUGGAUUGGAAUAAGCGAGUAAACAUCGUCAAAGGGGUAGCUCAUGCUCUAUCUUACUUGCAUCAUGAUUGCACGCCCCCAAUAAUUCACAGAGACUUAACUAGCAACAGUAUUCUUCUAGACUCAGAAUUCAAGGCUUGUCUCUCAGACUUCGAAACUGCUAAACUACUAUAUCCUCAUUCUUCAAAUCAGACUAUGUUCUUAGGCACAUGUGGGUAUGUUGCUCCAGAACUUGCCUACACGACAGUAGUGAAUGAACAGUGUGAUGUAUAUAGCUUUGGGGUCGUGGCUCUUGAAGCAAUAAUGGGGAGGCAUCCACGAGAUUUCAUCUCAAAACAAUUGGCAUCGCCAGAUACAAAAGCUUUACUUCUAAAGGAUGUAUUUGACCCACGUCUCUCACCUCCCGCUGGUGAACUCAUUGCACAGGAUGUUAUUUCAAUUGUGAAGCUAGCACUAUCAUGCUUAAACUCUAACCCACGGUCGCGACCAACAAUGCAACGAGUGUCUCAGGACCUACUCAAUCGCAAGCCUCCGUUACCUCAGCCGAUUGAUACAAUUUCACUGUGGCAUCUAAUGGAUCCUGCACAAGACUUGACUUAAUCAAUUGUGCCGUUUCCAUCAAGGUAACCAAUUAGACACAACCCCAGUGACCCUUCUUUUGGUCCUUUUCAAAGUUAUUUGUAAAUGUGAUGGGGAGUAAUCCCAAAUGCUGGUAUCUCCUGUGGUUUUUGUAUUUUCAACACUAAUAAAUCUUUAUUCAUGA